AUGAGAACACGCCCGCCUACACUGCCCCUCUCUCUUCGCAGCACACCAGCGACUACAGAGGAGGGGCCCGCCACCAGUGCUCAGACACCUGCCACAGCUGCACCACUCACGUCUUCCCAGCACAUCCCUCCACCUGACGCCGCCGCUGUGUCUCGCUUACGGAGCCUUUCUCGUGACGAGAAAGGCAGGAGGCUUAUCGAGGCAGCUCAGGGUGGUGAAAUGGAAGAGCUGAGGGCUCUGCUAGCAGCGGGGGCAGACGUGGGGUCGAUGGACGGCGACAGGAGGACCGCCCUGCACUGGGCAGCGUGGGAGGGACACGCGGAAGCGGUGACGUGUCUACUGGAGAGUGGAGCACAGGUGAAUGCCCGGAACAUCAGGCUGCACACGCCUCUUCACUCAGCUGCAAGUGCUGGCCAUGCGGCUGUGGUGCGGCUGCUUAUGAGGGCCUCUGCUGACGCCAACAUCAGAAAUAUAUCGGGAUAUACGCCGCUGCACUGGGCGGCACAAGAGGGCCGAUUAGAAACGGCGAUUGUGCUGCUGGACUCUGGAGCCGACAUGGAGGCCAGGGACGAUGAGGGGAAUAUCCCCCGUCAGCUUGCCAGGAAGAACAACCAUCAGCAACUGUUUUUCUGCGAAUUGGGGUGUGUUGGAGCGGCGCCACGUUCUUUCGGCGCACAGAAGCUGCGACGUGCCAUCUAAUUUGAAGUGACUACUGGUUGGGAUCCGGCGUUUAUGCGUUGUUUCGGAUGGCUGAUCUGCUGCUUCCGGCAUUUUAAGUUAAGUCACCUUUUGCCCAGGGCAGCCUCGCCUCACUACUCGUUUGGUAGUUAUUGAACAUAUAUUAUACACUCCUGGAAAUGGAAAAAAGAACACAUUGACACCGGUGUGUCCGAUCCACCUUACUUGCUCCGGACACUGCGAGAGGGCUGUACAAGCAA